AUGAUCAACGCCGUCCUGGUGUUCAACAACAAUGGCCAGCCCCGGCUGACCAAGUUCUACACACAGCUAGUAAGCCCCUCCCACGUUCGAGACUCAGUGCGCGCACGGAACCGAAGCAGAACUCCAACUCACACGAACCAGGACACGCAAACCCAGCAAUCCCUCAUCGCACAAAUAUACCGCCUGGUCGCGCAGCGGCCAGCAAGCGCCUGCAACUUUCUCCCCCCCCCCCUCCUCUCGCAAGGCGCCAGCUCCUCCGCCACCGGACCCUCGGACGCCCCCACCCAAAUCACAUACCGGACCUACGCAACGCUGUCAUUCAUCAUGAUCUCUACGUCAACUGAGUCCCCGCUCGCGCUGAUCGAUCUGAUCCAGGUAUUUGUCGAGUCGCUGGACCGCAUGUUCGAGAAUGUCUGCGAGCUGGAUCUUAUCUUCGGCUAUGAGACGCUGCAUGCUGUGCUUGGUGAGAUGAUUGUUGGAGGUGUUGUUGUUGAGACGCAUAUCGAGAAGAUAAUUGCUGGAGUACGGGCUCAGGAGGGCUCGCUGGGUAAGAAGAAGGCUGUUCAGGCUGCUAGUGCUAGCUUAGGUCGGGGGGCGCUGCCUGGGUUGGGGGCGUGGAGGUGA